CCCAAAGCUCCAGGAAAAAUAUUACUUCCUUGAAGCCUAGCUAGCUAAUAUUAAUCCCCACCAUUUCCGAUCUUCUUCUUCUUCCAUACCCAUUUUUCUGAACUGAAACUAUUCUUACAUGGAGGGUGCAGCCAUGGUUAAGGGCCAAGAAGAUCCGUUGAACUGGGGGGUGGCGGCGGAGGCUCUCAAGGGGAGCCAUCUGGAGGAGGUGAAGCGCAUGGUGGCGGAAUUCAGGAAGCCGGCGGUGAGGCUCGGCGGCGAGACCCUGACCAUAGCGCAGGUGGCGGCCAUCGCCGCCCGCGGUAGCCAGGUGGAGGUGCAGCUGUCGGAGGCCGCCCGGGCCGGCGUCAAGGCCAGCAGCGACUGGGUUAUGGAGAGCAUGAACAAAGGGACUGACAGUUAUGGCAUCACCACGGGCUUCGGGGCCACCUCGCACAGGCGGACCAAGCAAGGCGGGGCCCUUCAGGCCGAGCUCAUUAGGUUCUUGAACGCUGGAAUAUUUGGUAAUGGAUCGGAAUCUUGCCAUGCACUGCCGCAGUCGGCGACCAGAGCCGCCAUGCUCGUGAGGAUCAACACACUUUUGCAAGGAUACUCCGGCAUCCGAUUUGAAAUCCUGGAAGCCAUUACCAAGUUCCUAAACAACAACAUAACUCCAUGCCUGCCGCUACGCGGCACGAUCACCGCCUCCGGCGACCUACUUCCCCUCUCCUACAUUGCUGGCCUUCUCACGGGCCGGCCUAAUUCCAAAGCCGUCGGGCCCAACGGCGAGACUCUCUGCGCCGAGGAGGCCUUCCAGCUUGCCGGGGUCGAGGGCGGGUUCUUCGAGCUGCAGCCUAAGGAAGGGCUGGCUCUUGUCAACGGCACUGCGGUCGGCUCCGGCAUGGCCGCCAUGGUCCUCUUCGAAGCCAACGUUCUCGCUGUUUUAUCCGAAAUUUUAUCCGCCAUCUUUGCCGAAGUCAUGCAGGGCAAGCCAGAGUUCACAGACCAUUUGACACAUAAAUUAAAGCACCAUCCGGGCCAAAUUGAGGCUGCAGCCAUAAUGGAACACAUUCUGGAUGGAAGCUAUUAUGUCAAGGCAGCUCAAAAGGUUCAUGAAAUGGAUCCAUUGCAAAAGCCAAAGCAAGAUAGGUAUGCUCUUAGAACAUCUCCGCAAUGGCUAGGACCACAGAUUGAGGUCAUUCGAUCCUCCACAAAAUCCAUUGAGAGGGAGAUAAAUUCGGUUAAUGACAACCCGCUGAUCGAUGUCUCGAGGAACAAGGCCUUGCAUGGAGGCAAUUUCCAGGGCACCCCAAUUGGAGUUUCCAUGGAUAAUACUCGUUUGGCCAUUGCAGCCAUAGGGAAGCUCAUGUUUGCCCAAUUCUCCGAGCUUGCCAAUGACUUCUAUAAUAAUGGCUUGCCAUCGAAUCUUUCAGCGGGGCGAAACCCGAGUCUCGACUAUGGUUUCAAGGGGGCAGAGAUUGCCAUGGCUGCAUACUGCUCGGAGCUCCAGUUUCUUGGAAAUCCAGUCACGAAUCAUGUCCAGAGUGCAGAGCAACACAACCAAGAUGUCAACUCUUUGGGCCUGAUUUCAUCUCGAAAAACAGCCGAAUCCAUUGAUAUUUUGAAGCUCAUGGCAUCUACGUUCAUAAUUGCACUCUGCCAGGCCAUUGAUUUGAGGCAUUUGGAGGAGAAUUUGAAGCAGAGUGUGAAGAAAACCGUCAGCCAAGUGGCUAAGCGGGUAUUGUCAAUGGGGGCUAAUGGGGAGCUUCACCCGUCGAGGUUCUGCGAGAAGGACCUACUCCGGGUGGUGGAUCGCGAGUACGUCUUUGCCUAUGUUGACGAUCCCUGCAGCGCGACCUACCCGUUGAUGCAAAAUCUGAGACAAGUCCUAGUCAACCAUGCCUUGAAAAAUGGCGAAGGCGAGAAGAACUUAGGCACUUCAAUCUUCCAAAAGAUUGGGGCCUUUGAGGAGGAGCUGAAGUCCCUGCUGCCCAAAGAGGUUGAGAACGUUCGAGCAGCGGUUGAGAGCGGCAAUCCAGCCAUUCCAAACCGGAUCAAGGAGUGCUGUUCUUAUCCACUGUACAAGUUUGUGCGGGAGGAGCUCGGGACCGGCCUGCUGACCGGUGAGAAGGCCCGGUCACCUGGCGAGGAGUGUGACAAGGUGUUCACAGCAAUGUGCAAGGGGCAGAUGGUUGAUCCCUUGCUGGAUUGCCUCAAGGAAUGGAAUGGUGCUCCUCUUCCAAUCCGUUGAGCAUACCACCAUUGGCAUAUUGGUUUUUGGUCUCUUUACUGUCCUCAAAUUUCAUUCCAAAACUUUUACUUUCCUUUUCCUUUCAAUUGUGUACUGUCUUUGUUAUGGCACUAUAACAGUCCAAUGUGUCUGUAUCUACCUUCUUUCUAUACAUUGUUACUCAAAAGCAACACUGUAAUGCCAAAGUUACUUUAGUGAA